ACUAUAUAAAGCUGUUCCUUCAAUCGUACUAAGAAACGGCAAUAAAGAGUGUGUAAAAGAAAUGAAUCAUACAAAUAUUGAGCAGUCUCAAGCGUUUGCAAUAUUUGACGUAACGGUUCAAUCAUUGUGUGUAAUUAUUGGAGUUACAGGAAACAUUUUUGUGAUAUUGUACAAUGUUCGUUGGAACACAAAUAAAAAUACAAGCAGCUAUUUUGUUAUAAAUUUGGCUGUUUCAGAUCUUGUCGUUUGUGGGAUCUCUCUUCCAUUGUGUAUUGUAAUGGUAACUCAACUUUUGAUGGGAGUAACCAAACUAUCUGUACCUUGUAAACUGAAAUAUUCCCUUUGGUACGCGACCAUAUCGACAUCAUAUGUGAAUCUUAUGAUGCUCACAAUUGAUCGUUACAUUUGUAUUGCAUUACCCCUAAAGUAUCCUCAAAUUGUCACCCAAAAAAAGGUGUCUAUAGCUUUGGCUUCAGCAUGGAUCACUGGUUUUCUUAAUUUCAUUAUGGUGUUUUUCAAUACAAAAAGUUCCAAAAUGCCAUUUGAAUGUUAUCCAAGCGAAAUAGUUGUUUCAAUUUGCACUAUUUUAUUCUUUCUUCUUCCACUUGGUGUUAUCAUGGUUUUCAAUGUGAAAACUAUACAAAUUGCUCGAAACCAAAGUCGAAAAACAGCAGCACAAGCUUCAUCACUACAAACAAGUGAUUCAACCGCUACAGAUGAUUUUAACUCACGAAAAACUUCACAACAGUUUAAACUCUUCAAAACAAUUCGUGUCGUUUUUGGAUAUUUUUUACUCUGUAUAACACCAUUUUCUGUGAUGGUGUUUAUAAAGUUUGUCAUUUGUAAUGGUGGCUGUAUUUCUUUAAACGUACUUCGUGUAGCAAUACUUGUGGCCGCAACAAACUCCGUCACAAAUGCUUUUAUAUAUGGAAUACGUGACAAGGAAUACAGAAGAUCUUUCAAGCUACUGUUUGCACGGUGUUGCAAUUUAUCUGGGUAA